CGGCCCACAACUACCCACUCCGCUCUCGCGGUCCCCUCCCUCUCACCGAUGGUCCCCUGUCCCCAUACCACAACCCAUAUCUUCCCUCACCUCCCACUAUGUCUACUUCUCAUCCUCCACCUCCCACGGAGAGCGCUACAACCGAGGAGAUCGGCUCGGCGCAGUCCAUAUCCCAGGUCACCGCGCGGUCAGCGGCUCAUGAUCAGGCUCAUGCGGACACCAUGGACCUUCAUGUCGUCCUUGUAGCAAUCCAGGCGCAACUUAGUACGCUUGGACCAUUGCAAGCGCAAAUUAAUGCGCUUGCCCUUGACGUCAACCGCCUCAAGGGCUCUCCCCAUCGCUCUCCCCUCCACGCUCACACCCCAUCCCCUGCCGGCUCACCGCCCGGUUCCCCACGACUCCGGCGACAUGGACGUGGUGGUUCUUCCUCCCCUGUGGCUCAGACCCGGCACUCCCACUCAACAGUGGCGGGUGUCGCCGCCGCUCAAACCACCGCGUUUGUUGCGACACCUCCCUUGGCACCUGCCGCCCCUAUCGUCUCUACUGCUGCUGCAGGUGCUGCGGUCCAGAUACCACCAUCUGGCCCAACAGUUUCAUCGACCCACACCGGUGCUGCUUCCCAGCUUCCCACAUCGGUCGCGGCAUUACGACUCCGCCCUCUUCUUCCCGCUUUCGUUCCCCUACCCCCACAGCAGGGUACCACCCAGGUUGGGACUCCUCUUCCCACUGGGAAACCCACUCCGCCUCCUCCACCUCCGACCCCGUGCACCCAGCGAGUGACCACUUUACAGGCCACCAUUGCGCAGGCUCAGGCAGAGAUCCUGGCCCUGAGACAGCCUCACCCUUCAGAGGCUGCUCACCCUUCUUCUUCCUCCACCACCUCCUCGACCCCCAUCAUGCCGGUUCGCUUCCCUCGACCGGCUCCUCAGCCUCUCCUCUUUUACCUAGCCAUUCCGGGACAACUGCCCUCGGUCGUUGCCUCCUCAUUUGCUGGCCCAUCCGCCAACGGCCACGACCCACAACCUUCCCCCACCUCUGCCCCUGCAGCGGCCCCGACUUACGCCGCCGCAGUGCACUCGCCUCAAUCUCUCUCCCCCCGCCAUCAGCACAGUGGACAUCCUCCUGUGCGCACCAUGGACAUUCCCGAGUAUGAUGGCACAUCCCCGGUCUCUCGCUGGUUGAUCCCUCCGAUGCGUGGUGUUGAGCAUUCCAUCCAGCUCGUGCCUGACUAUCAUAUUCACCAUCAGGCACCAUACCGACUCUCGAUUCCACAGGCAACGGAACCCAAGCAUCAGCUUGAGGAGCUCCUUCGACUGGGUUUUAUGAAACCCAGUAACUCCCCUUGGGGUGCACCUAUCCUCUUUGCUCGCAAAGCGGACGGAAUUGUCCGCUUCUGCAUCGACUACCGCGGCCUUAACCGUUACACGGUUAAGAACAACUACCCCAUGCCCCGCGCGGAUGAGCAGUUUGACCGUCUGGCAGACAACCGCUUCUUCACGAAGAUCGAUCUUCGUAGUGGUUAUCACCAGAUCUGCGUUGCUGCAGAGGAUCAGCCGAAGACCGCCUUCCGGUCGCGCUUCGGUCACUUCGAGUUCACGGUGAUGCCAUUCGGCCUCACCAAUGCACCCGCCACCUUCCAGACGACGAUGAACGACAUCUUUAGGGGCAUCCUUGAAGAAUACGUUCUCGUAUACCUGAACGACAUCUUGGUCUACAGUCGUACCUUAAAAAACCAUAUCAGACACCUCCGCGAUGUCUUACAACGCUUACGCAAGCAUGGCUUCUAUGCCAAGCUUAACACUCGUUGUCUUGCGCUGGAUGACAGGAUCGCCCACAUGGUGACGAUUAUGAAGCGUGCAGACGAGAGUCUAGCCGAUUCCCAGACUCGCAUGGCCGCACGAGCAAACCGAUCACGAAUGGAUCACCCAUUCAAAGUCGGUGACGAUGUGCUCGUCGACGCACGCCACUUACAACUCGAAGCAGAUACGCUUCGCAAGUUCAGGCGUCGUUUCUUCGGUCCAUGCCGCAUCCUUCAGGUCGUCGGUUCUGAUACUGCCGCUAGUCCGGUCAGCUUCCGUGUGAAGCUACCUGAUUACCUUCGACAGACUCGCUUACACGAUAUUUACCACGUCUCCUUACUGCGUCCUUAUCGCAGACCAUCCGAGCGCUUCGUUGGACGUCCUUAUGAGCACCCUCCACCUAUCAUGGUGGACGGUCAUGAGGAGUUCGCUGUUUCCGACAUCGUAUCUCGCCGAAUUACCGACGACACCCCUCCACGCAUCGAGUACGUUGUGCGUUGGAAGGGCUAUCCUGAUGAGGAGGCUACUUGGGAGCCCCUCGAGCACCUGGAGCACGCCCGGAUCUUGGUGCGUGCAUAUGAUCAUGCUCGUCGUGCUGAGACAUCUGCUCCUACUCAGCCGACUGACCCUCUUCCUCCUACCCCGACUGAGGAGAUUGCUAAGGACGAGCCUGCUCCCCCUGAGGCCAUUCUUCAACAGCAGAUGGACGCCUCUGCGCGUUCACAGUGCACUCGUCGAUGUCCUCGGCGUCUUGACGAUUGACACUCUGAUCACCUACUAUCACCCUACUGACUCGCACCAUCAGGUACUCCAUCAUCAACUUCUUCAGGAUGUCAGCGUUUUGUGGCUCU